AUGCCCGCCGACGAAUCUAGAUCGAGCAGUACCGCUGCUGCGGCGGCUUCAUGGCAGUGCAUGUUGGACUUAAUGGAUCGACUUUCUGUAUGCCGCAAGGCGACACCUAUUUUCCGUGUCAGCAGUAUCGACAUCGUUGAGGACACGCACGGGGAAAGUGUAACAAGAAUCAACUUCGUGUACUCACUGGCUAGCACAGCACCUACUUGCUUGGCACCUGCUUGCUCGUCAUCUCGGAGUCCUCACGCGAAGCUUGUUAAUCAUGAUGAAUAUUCGAGCGGGAAUAAAACUGCCUGUCUGCAACCACGAGAGCACGGCAUUUGGGAACGUGAAUACCGAGGGAGCCUCAGACUCGGCAAGAAACCCAGGGAUAAACCAUCAUUACAAAACCAAGGACAACAAGAACGAACUGGAAUUCUGGACAGAAGGCGAACGCACUUUGCUAGCUUUCAUUUUGAGCAUGGAAGGAAUGUUGCAGAAUAUUACAGAAACCAAGAAGACGAUAAGGGUGACGGUAGAAAAGACAACUGGCAAGCACUUGUUGACGUAAGGCAACACCUGCGAGGAACCGGACGAUCCGGAGUCGACUACCAAACUAAAGCGCGAAGCGAUGCACGAACGUCGCGUCCUUUAACCUUACAAUGUGAAAGUGCGGGUAUAAUUGUUAAUUCCACUACAACAGAAGGGGGAUUGCGCAUGCUGCAUGCGGAGAGUGCUCACGUAGUGCGGAUGCAGAGCGGUAGGAUUUUAAGCCUGGUAAAAAGUCACUCAUCUUGGAAGCACUCGGAUCAUUCUAGAGAAAAGUCAAAGUCACACACAGAAGCUUGGAAAGAGAUUUUUCGGGAGGAAGAUCCAGUAAUGUCAGCCGCAAAAGUGCUCGCAGCAUUCAAGGGCAUGGGCGGAGAUACGACCCAUAUACUGUCCUCACGUCACGAGUGACGUAUUAAUUUACCCCGCCAGGGUAUAUAAUUCUGAAUUUCACCGCAGUAGAAGAAGCCACCCACAUCAGUUUCCCGAGUAUGAGUUGAAAUCUGUUAAGGACGACACCGACACGAGCGCGAUCUCAUGGUCAAAGAC